UAUAAUUUUCCUAUAUUGUGCAUUAAAUUUUAUACCAACCGAUAGUAUAUCUACACAUUAUUAAUACUACUGCUUAAUCCUAAACUAUCUUCUGUAGCUGCUUGUUAAUUACCUUUACAUGACUGAACAAACAAUUUGACAUAAUUGGCCUGGUAAGAUGGCUGGAGUGUCUUGAAUUUGCAGUUUCUUUAAUCUAACAAGUCCAUUUGUUCACUUGCAGGUGUGAAGUGCUACUGAUUUGGCCAAGCAUGUAGCGGGAAAGAGACAUACGACCGAACAUAGUUACUGGUUACGAAUGUGAUACACACUGUCAAUUUUCAGGACAAAAAGUCUUGUAUAAUUUUUUUUCAGAAUUUGUCUGGCCGGUUCCUGUAUCACAACAAAACAAAAUUUCAAUACGUAAAACAGACGGGGACAAAGGGAUGGCUGCAACACCAAGAUAAAUAUAAUCUCCAACCCCAAACCCUUACUUUGUACACAUUUGCAGAGGCUGCCUGAUGAUUAAACUAACCGUCUGGAAUGUAAAGCUUCGAUGGUUCCAACAGCUAGAAUCGGUGAGCCUCUUGCAUUCACAUGGAAUGGGUGGAGAACAAGAUGAUAAUGAUAUGUCCCCUGCAUGUCCAAAAUAUAGCACUGCAUCAUCACCAAGUAGCAUGUACCCCCACUAUGGCUGCCAACCCAGAGUUGCUGGGUGUCGUCGAUUCUAUGCCACUUCCGUCCGUCUUCCUCGACCUUCAAUCGACGACCCAUCGUGACUCAAAGCAGAGGCAGGAUGACCUGUCCAUUUCAUACAUCUCUCGCAUGCUCAUGGAGGAUGACAUCAUCGACACGUUCUCCUACCAGUACCCUGACCACCCAAAGCUCCUACAGGCCGAGCAACCCUUCGCCAAGAUCCUCUCCGCCGCUGCCAGCACCACAUUCAACGCCGAGGAGUCCUCGGCACCAGAUGCGCUCACGACUGCCUUGCUGCCCAGCAAAGUACAGGAUCCAGCAUUCUCCUCAAAUGGCACAGGCACAGUGGAGCCCGCGUUUCCCGUCAAGAGCAGCACUGGCAUGAACAAGAUGUCCAGUAUGACAUUCUUCGAAGGCAUGGCGGAAAACAAGAUGUUCUUGCCUAGGGACAAUGUGAUGGUGCAGAGUAGGGGGUGCAAGAACAAGUUUGACAUGAAAGGUGACACGGAGCCAGGCAUCGGUAGGAGCAGCAAGCAAAUAGCGGUGCUGGUGCAUACUGACUCGGAGGAGGAGGUAGAGCUCAAGAAGAGGUUGGACCGGCUCAUCCUCGAUGGCUAUGACAGGUACCCCGGCGAGAUGCAGGAGGUACUAAUCAGUCUAGACAAGGAGAACAAGGUAGCACAGAAGAGCAGCCGCAUGUGUGGGAGGCGCGGUGUGACACAGACGGUGGGGACUGAUCUAGAAACGCUGCUGAUCCGCUGUGCGGAAGCAGUGGCCAGACAUGACCGGCGCAGCGCGAGUGAGGUGCUGGAGCGGAUCAAGCGGUACUCCUCACUGACGGGAGAUGCUAGGCAGCGGCUGGCACAUUACUUAGCCCAGGGGCUGGAGGCACGGCUGGCCGGUACAGGGAGUCAAUUUUACCGUUCACUCAUUGGGACACGCACCUCCACUAUGGAGCUUGUGAAGGCCUACCAUCUGUACAACACCACCUUCUGCUUCUUUAAGGUGGCAUUUUUCUUUUCCAACAAGACCAUCUACAAAGCUGUUGCUGGCAGGAAGAAACUGCACAUUGUGCAUUACGGCAGCAACAUCGGAUUGCAGUGGCCGGACUUGAUCCGGUGGCUGGCGGACAGGGAGGGAGGACCACCAGAGGUGAGGAUGACCAGCAUCAACAGGCCUGAGCCUGGAUUCCGCCCGUCUGAGCAAAUUGAGGAGACGGGGGACCGGCUCAGGAACUAUGCAAGCAAGUUCGGUGUGUCAAUCAAUUUCCAUGCCAUCACAGCCCAGCCAGAGGCUGUUCGGGCAGAGGACAUCCACAUCGACCCUGAUGAGGUGCUUGUCGUGAACAGCCUAUUCCAGUUCAAGACCUUGAUGGACGAAAGCCUCACCUUUGACAGGGUAAGUCCGAGGGACAUGGUGCUCAACACUAUCAGGAAGAUGAAGCCGUCUGUGUUCGUCCACGCUGUCAGCAAUGGGUCAUACAGUGCGGCGUUAUUCAUGACGCGGUUCCGCCAUGCGUUGUACAACUUCACAGCAUUUUUUGAUGUGAUGGAGACCAUGAUUCCACGGAACAACGACAAGAGAUUGCAGGUGGAGCGGGAGCUUUUUGCACGUUCUGUCAUCAACAUAGUCGCCUGCGAAGGUGCAGACAGGGUGGAGCGCCCUCAGAACUAUAGAGAGUGGCAGGCACGGCACCACCGGGCAGGGCUGAGGCAGUUGCCAUUGGACCCUGACAUUGUUCUGAUGCUCAAGGACAAAGUGAAGAAUGAUUACCACAAGCAUUUCAUGAUCAACGAGGAUCACAGGUGGCUUCUGCAGGGGUGGAAAGGCCGGGUGCUCUACGCCCUCUCGACAUGGGUAGCUGAUGAUGCUAGCAGUUCUAACGUGGCAUAGAUUCAACUAUCAAUGGAUCCUUGGGCACAGUUGCUCUGAUUUGUGUAUCUGUAACUGAGUACCACUGUACCAGAAACCAUGUUCGGUUUGUCAAGCUGCACCUGUUUAUUACAACGGCACAGAUGCAACGCUGUCAAGAUUGUACCAUUUGCAA